UUGGGUUUCACAGUCCUAAAAAGGACCAGUGCAGUUUAUGUACGGCUUUCAUUAAUUCUACUGUUAAAGAAAAGGAAGACAUGGAAAGGGUGUACAAAACUCACCAUGAACAGAAAAAUCUAAGCCGCGAGGAAAAGAAAAAGGAUAUACAGGCAGCUAGCUUAGAUCCUUCUGUCCUUGUUGCCGUAUAUGAUUUGCAAGCAGUGUUGCCUUCUCCAUGUGGAACAACCUCCGACUUUUUCUACAAAAGGCACACUCAAAACGAGGGCGACAGUAUGCACUCCACAAUAGAAAAAGAAAAAAAGAGGAUGCUUAAAAGCAAUAAUACUAUAAUUAAUGUACCUGCUCAGUGGAUUCCCCUAAUAGCACUCUCCAAGAAAAAGUCUCCCCCAUAUGCGGUUUAUGAAGUUACACAGAGAGAUGUUUACGAUAUAAAGGUCCUUUGUGGCAAUACAGGGAAAAACUACAGUAUUGAUGUAGAUGGAAAAAAGGUAAACUGGAACCAAAUUAAAAUUAUUCAUUUUGAAAAGACUCAUCCAAAAACAAUAUUCUUCAAGACAGAUUACUCCCAACAAUACUACAACCGAAUCCUUGUUGAUCAUCGUCAACGAAAACCAACGAUUAGUUUCAAGGACAUCAAAUUAAAAUGCGCGUAUGAUCGGCCGUUGCCGAUUUCCAAAAAAAAGUACAAUGGUCUUAUGGAACUUUGUAGCAAAAAGGCCUUACCAUUACAGUAUCACCAGUUUUAUAAAAACUUACCACAUGAGAAAACAGACAAAAGUGAUAACGAUUAAG